GUAAUGGCUGCUAGAAGCCCCAAUGUGAGACUUCAGAAAGCACUAAGCAGACAUGCUUCAAGGUAUAAUAUAUCAAAUGCUAAUAAAGUUAAUGUUUCUCUCAUUGUUUCCCUACUUCACAGUUGACAUCAAUUUACUUUUAUAUUUCAGCAAGAACAUAAAGUGCCAACAGCUUUCACAAGAAGAUGUCAAUCUACUUGGAAAAAAAA